AUGGUUUACACGUCUGAUCACCCAUAUAACUCGCUUGGGUCGAUCAAGCUACAUUCACACUCCCAGUCAAACCUAAACUUAGGCCCCAAGCAACAUCCGGCUCCCAUGAGAUCGAACUCAUCAGCGUCUUUAGCACAACAACACACUUCAAGUUCUCCAUUAAAUAGAAAGACCAGAUCCCGCACAAGUUCUCUUUCCAGGAUAUUUAGGUCAGGAAGCGCUGUUACUCUGAACGGUUCAAUAGCGUCUCCAAUAGAGUCCCCUCGUACAUCGAGCAGCCACACUUUUAGACAUCAGCCUUCAAGGUCCAGGUCUAGUACCUUAUCAUCAGUAGAUACUUCCAGCCAAGAUUACUUUGGUUUAACUGAUACUGAUAACAAUGUCAUGAGUAUCAUAGAACCUGGACCCGUAAAACCUCCUCCUUACAAAGAUUUGCUUCCUGGAGGAUGUCCAAAAUUCCCUAUUUACUCCCACCAGCUUGAAGGAAGUGAACAGUUACCAAGCUAUAAGCCCACAGUAUACAAGGUAGCUAUACUACAAAGAAAAAUGGAAUGGUUAUCUCCUUACGAACCAGCCAACGGGAGGGCUUGGAAAGACGCCAUUGUGGAACUUAAUAAUACCAGAUUGAAUAUCUAUGGAUUUGACUCAAGGUUACUAGACGAAUUGAUUUUCAGAAUGAAUGGAAAAACAUGCUUCGAUGAGGAUUUUAUCACCCUCUACAACUCUUCAUUUACCACCAAAACAGAUCUGGUAGUUUUGCAGUGCCUGAAGCAGCUAGGUUUUAUGAGAGAGGAGUGUCUAAUUGCAAGCCAUUCUUUACAGUACGCUAAGUUUGGAUCUGCAUCCGAUUAUUUGAAGAGGAAGCAUGUAUUGAGAUUACGCUGUGAAACUAGUCAAUUCUUGUUACAAUUUUCCAAUUCACAAAGCAUGAUCGAUUGGAAUUUAGCUUUAUCUUUGGCGAGAGAUAACUCGUUAGAUAUUCAAAGCAGAGAGAUGCCGUUUUAUAGAACAGUUCCUCGAAGGACCCGAAGGAACACCAACCCAAGGAUACUAAGCUCUACGGAGACAAGAUCAUCAGACGCUGCCUCUAGAUAUAGAUCGAGAUCUAUGUCUGAUUUCUUUAGGAAGAGAUCAAAAUCUGGUGCAACAACUCCCACUUUGCCGUCUUCCUUGAACGAACGACUUAAUCUCACUAUAUCCAGUUCCAACGAUUUACCUCUUACACCUACUGUCACCCCAACUAUUUCCAGUUCAGUUGAACACUCUCCAUUGCGUCCGGGGCAGAAACCAAAAUUUCUCAUGGGCCAAAGUAAUGACGAUACUCUUGAUGAAAUUGACUGCCUUGCUCCAGUGUUGAUGGAAAAUGAUAUUCCUGAGGGUUGUUCCUGUGAUGACACAGUCGAUGAAGCCCAAAAUCAAAAUACUAAUCAUGACGAUCAGGAUGAUCUUGAUGAGUAUCCUCCUCAGGAUGAAGACGACGACGAUGAAGAUGAAGAUGAAGAAGAGGAAGAAAGACUGGAACCUAUAGAACAGUUUCUUAGAGUGGAAGAUUUAAAUCACGAUCUAGACAUGGUUCAUCUUUCCGCCAGUACUUCACCUUCCAUAGCCGAUUCCACUCAAUUAACAUUUUCAUCUUCUAAUGUCACAGGAUCUUCUAUAACCACAGCGAGCUCAACAGAAACCGAAAUUAAGUGGAGGCCCAUAAAUGAAAAAAUACCUUCCAGGAGAAGAAUAAUCCGAGACUCUAUCAAGUGUAUUCAGCAUCUCCCUUCCAACGAAACAUGGUCCGGAAAGCUACUGGUAAAGCCUGCAAGACGUAAACAAUCAUCUAUUGCGUCAAAGCUUAAUAAGCUUACGGGUAUGGGUAUCUCGACAACAGGAACGAGUUCAAAGGAACCACUGCGAGUUUUUCUUGUAACUCCAAGAGGUCUCCUUUCUGCUUACUACAGUAACUACCUGGAUAAGUAUAAUAGCCUAUAG